AUGGCAAAAGAUGUAUCCACUGAGUCAAUUGACGAACUGCAGAAUCAAUUGACCGAAUCGCUGGGGGCUUUCCGAAACCAACAUGAAGAAAUAGAUCGCGUUGCCGCACUGAAGGCAGCACAAAGACUCGUGAAUGCACUACAGAAGCCUAAGGAUUCGGUCUAUCAUCUGACCUACUCUCCUACUCAAGUUAUGUGUGUGCGCAUUGCUAUCGACAUGGGUAUAUUCACAACCCUAACGGAGCGCAAUGGGCCAGUAUCGCUCGAUGAACUAGCGGCCGUGAAAAACGCGAGUCCGAUCCUAGCCGGCAUGUUAUUAUUUUCCAUCGUCCUUUUUGGGAUUGACUAUGUUGGCGAAUGCGAUACGCGCAUCUACAUCCCGACUACAAUGACACGCCAGCUGACCGACCGACUCAGCAUUUCCGUGGUCAAGUUUUUAUUCGACGUUGGGAUGCCAACUCUUGCUAAAAUCCCCGAGUUUCUCCGUCAACAGGAACAUCGGAAUCCAGAGGGCACUACUGCAGGCCCAUUACAAUUCGUCGAGAAGACCGACGAGACGUUUUGGACUUGGUUGCCGCAAAAUCCAGAGUACCUUGAUUCUUGCAAUACCUUCAUGGAGGCUAACCGCGGCGCGCGACCUAGUUGGCUUGAAUGGUUCCCGGUGGAAGAGCGUCUUCUAAGUGUUGCUUGUUCUGAUUCCGAGACGCUUAUGGUUGAUGUUGCAGGGGGACGAGGCCAUGAACUCGUAGACUUUGCGGCACGGUUUCCGGAUGUGACAGGUCGUUUGGUGCUCCAGGAUUUGCCGCAUAUUUUGGAAGAAAGCACUAUAGAUACCAAGCGCAUCGAAAAACAAGCAUUUGAUCUGUUUAAGCCACAGCCAAUCCAUGGCGCUCGCAUUUAUUAUAUGAAAUUCAUUCUUCAUGAUUGGUCUGACAAAGACAGCAAUGUUAUUCUUGCCCAGAUAGCUGGUGCAAUGAAGAGAGGUUACUCGAAGCUGAUCAUUGAAGAGUUUGUGCUGGCAGAUCGCGACAGUGCUAUGUUACCAGCGAUGUGCGAUUGGGUAAUGAUGAUUUUCUGUAACAGUAUGGAGCGCUCCCAGUCCCGUUGGACUCGAUUGCUGGAACAUGCUGGUUUCCAGGUUGUCAAGUUCUGGGCGCCACCUGGUGAUGGCCAAAGCAUUAUCGAGGCCGAACUCAAAUAG